AGAAACAUGACGAUCAUCCAGCUCCAGGGCUUUAAGUGCAUUCAUCUCUCUGCUCCCUUUUCUUCUUCUUCUUCUUCUUCUUCAUCUUCUUCUUCCGUCUAUGGGAUCUUGCUUAUCAAUUAAGAGGCUCACGUUGAGGAGAUUUGCUGUGCGUCAUUGACACCGGCUGACCAAUCACACACGCCGUUAGCACAUCUCCUUCUAUGCCAUUCAGACGCUGGGUGCACACAAGAGUUGAUGCUAUGUUUUUUCAGACUUGCCGGCAGUUAAAAUUUCUAUCCAGUCACUAGGGAAGUUAAGCAAUGGUUAAAAGCGAGCAUGCUUUCCUCUGCAUGCUUUUAUAACAAGCUGCAGGCUCUUUGAAUCUCUGGUUUAAUGGCUGUUGUGCAUAUCUUUGCACUAAGUCACCAGUUUACGGCAGGGUAGCUGCAUGGCUCUGGUUUCACGUUUUCGUCUGAAACCAAUUAAAAAAAAAAAAAAAAAAAAAAAAGCCCCAAAGACAUAGCUCUGAACCAAAAAGCCAUUUGCCUUCCAGUGAAUUGUCUUUAGCUGGAACACUGGAAAUACCUGUUACUGCGCGUGGUGCCAGAGUUCCUCACACACACUGGAGGUGUGCACAGCUGAGUUGUCUGCUGAGAUAAUAAUAGUACAGCAGAACCAAAACUCAACACGAGCCCGUGUUUAAAGACCAAACAGGAGCAGCCUGCGAGUGUUUUGGAAAAAGCUGAAGAAUAACAGCAUUGUCUCUGACCGUCACAACAAGAAGAUGCCGCUGGGCGAGGACUGCCACGCGUGGAAAAAAAAGACAGCGGACGUGAAGGAGAUGUACGACUUCAAAGAGAUCCUGGGGACGGGAGCUUUCUCUGAGGUGGUCUUGGCCGAGGAGAAGAGGACCCAGAAACUGGUGGCUAUCAAGUGCAUCCCCAAGAAGGCCUUGGAGGGGAAAGAGAACAGCAUUGAGAACGAGAUAGCAGUCCUGCACAAGAUUAAACACGCCAACAUCGUGUCCCUGGAGGAGAUUUUCGAGAGUAAAUCUCACCUCUACCUUGUCAUGCAACUGGUGUCCGGUGGGGAGCUCUUCGAUCGCAUCAUAGAGAAAGGUUUCUACACAGAGAAAGACGCCAGUAAGCUCAUCCAGCAGAUCCUGGACGCUGUGAAAUACCUCCAUGACAUGGGCAUCGUGCACCGUGACCUCAAGCCGGAGAACUUGCUCUACUACAGCAUGGACGAAGACUCCAAGAUCAUGAUCAGUGACUUUGGCUUGUCUAAAAUCGAAGGCUCUGGCAGCGUGAUGUCGACAGCCUGUGGAACACCUGGAUACGUUGCCCCUGAGGUUUUGGCUCAGAAGCCUUACAGUAAAGCUGUGGACUGCUGGUCUAUUGGCGUCAUAGCCUAUAUUCUGUUGUGCGGUUACCCUCCCUUCUAUGACGAGAACGAUGCCAAACUGUUCGAACAGAUCCUUAAAGCAGAAUACGAGUUUGACUCUCCGUACUGGGACGACAUCUCUGAUUCAGCCAAAGACUUUAUAGUUCAUCUGAUGGAGAAAGACCCGAACAUGCGUUACACCUGUGACCAGGCUCUGCAGCACCCCUGGAUCGCUGGGGACACGGCCUUGGAUAAGAACAUCCAUGAGUCUGUCAGUGCUCAGAUCAAGAAGAAUUUUGCUAAGAGCAAGUGGAAGCAAGCGUUCAACGCCACAGCAGUGGUCCGUCACAUGAGGCGCCUCCAGCUCGGCACGAGUAACGAAGGACCCAGCCCCAACCUGCCCAGUCACCUGCUGAUGCCAGACGAAGAAGCAGAGGCGUGUUGUGAAGGAGGCUGCUCCCAGAACGUCGACAACGGAGCAGACGCUCUGUCCGGCUCUACCUACCGCUGCCACCCAGCCAGCAGGGUGUGAUCCCUCACCUGCUCCAGUUACCUGUCUAAUCAAUCCCAAGUCACUUUCCAAUUUUAACCCCCCCCCCCCCCCUCGCUGGAACCGGAGGCUCCGUCUCCCCCCUUAUCUGGUCAGGAAUACAGCGUCAUUCCAACCUCUCGCCUGCAGGGGGAGCAAGCCUGUCCAGCCAGAGAACGAAGACAUAAAAUGGGUAGAAAAGGAGGAGGAGGAGAAGGGAUACUUAAUGAUGAUGAUGGUGAUGGAUCAGAGAGGAUCAUUUUUUUGGUUUGAGUUCAUACGGGGGAGAGGAUACUCAAGGAAGGAGGGGGAAGACAACCUCCUCCAUCGGCGUGUCUGGGGGAUUGUUUUUGCAGAAGCAGGACAGAGCUUGUUGGACACUGUUUUUAUGAAUGAUAUAUAUAUAUUUUUUUUUUUUUUUGAUUCAACCUGUCUCUUUGUUUGGUUCAUUGUUUUGUACAUGUUUGUGUUGUCUUUUAAAACCUCCUUCUGUCAAGACUUCGGAGCGUAAAUCCAGAAACGAUGCAUGAUCAGGAGAGAAUUUCCCAAUGCAUGUUUUGUUAUCUUUAAAAUAUAUAGACCCCUGUUGCAGAAAUGCAGCGGGAUGCAAGUGAUGGAGCAUACUGGCACGUGGCAGUGUUUGAGACAAAACCGAGUCAAACCUAUUUCAGAUCUGCAUCCUGUGUCUUUAAGUGAUGCUUCUAGACAAUCGGCGACAGAAUAGUUUAUGCAAUGAAAACUCCAUUUAUCAACUACGUAGCCUUUAUCGAGCUGAUACAGUAUUUCCAUGCAGCGGUUAGGCUAUUUCUUUUUAAAGGAAAGACACCUCCUUCAUCUUUUUCAACCCUAAAUCUUUACUGGAGCACAGGGAUCUAUCUUUGUCUAAUGUGCCUUUAGGAUGAACAGUAUGACGGGUUUGUUGGUGACGGGGUAGCUUCUGAAAAGUCUCUUUCUGGGGAGUUAUUGCAGCACAACAACUUUCUGUCACUUCAGUUUUUUUUUUUUUAUACCUGCCACUAAUUUCGUUUUCCCUUAACUGAUGAUAAUUGAAGAUGUGAAUGAAAAUAUCACAGAUAUUACGAUAUGAAAUGAUCAUUUAAGAAUAAGGCUGUUGAAACUUCUCAGGAGAAGCUUAAAGAAACAAUUUAAAGGAUACAUAGACUGAAUGGAUGCAAAAAAAAAGAGAAAAAAUGAUAUGCAUCUGUCACAAUAUUUGGUAUUGUCUGUCAUUACAACCCUUUUUACACACAUAUUUCCUUCACAUGCAGCUUGUUUGGUAAGAACAUGGAUUAAAGAAUGGGAAUAUGCAUAAGCAGACACACACACAGUGUGCACAAAAAGGUGCAUAGCGGUUCUUUUAUUAUUAUGAUUAUUAUUUUUAUUGGCUUGUAUAAAGAACCUUAUCAUGUAAAAUUUGGGGUAAUUCAUUUAUAGUGAAUUUAUUCGGUGUAGAUUUCUGCUUACUUCUGCUCUAUGUGUAUCAGGUGUAGACAAGUUUAGUAUAAUUUCUCGUUAUAAUCUCUACAUCAUGACGUGGGUCCGGUGACUCGGCCUUGAUUAUCCCUCCGAUCUCUUCGCGCUGUCCACCAAACGAUCGCAGUUCCCUGGUUAAAGCUGUUUCAUUCUCUUUCUGAUACGACAGUGUAGACGUUUGGCUGCUGAUGUGAUUUGGUACCGAUUACGUAUGUUUGCAUGAUGUGGCUUAAAAAAAUGAAUAUUCUUUAAAAUUGUGAUCAUGUUACCAGAUGCCAUGAGAGGAGCGCGAUGACUUAUCAGAACUAUACUCUUGUAAUGAUUUUAAAUUCUGACUGAGUAAAGGGCAACCAAAAUUAAAAAAAAAAAAAAAAAAUGUUUAAACUUGGUAAAGGAAUUUCAAUGUGCUGCUUCAUGAAGUGUUUUGGGGUUUUAUUCUGCAGUUUUGAUGGGUAGGCGUUGUACUGUAUUUGGAAGGUGAUGCAAAUGGUGAUUUCAAAAAAUGUAAAGCGUAUUUUAAAUGAGUGAUUGUUUUUCCCGAGAAGUAUCAGUAUGAAUUGUUGUAAACUGGUGUGACAGAGAAAAACUCCAGAGGAAAACUGACGCAUGGUGGCAGUCAUCAUCCACAGUCUAUUAAAGACGUCGGCUCAUUUCGGUGUCACCGCUGAUUUUCCAGCUAAUAAAAACCAGCUCUGCUAAUUGGAUUCCACAAAAUGCUGAUCGUUUGUCUCAAUUUGGCAUUUUAAUUGAGUCGAGAAAUGUCCACAUACAUCACCGUACCCAUUACUUUACCACUGACUUUGCCACAUAAACGGAUGAUAUUGGAAACAUUUAGGGAGAAGAAGGGACUUUGCCUUUAGAGGUGCUCAACUGGGGGAUGUUUUCCUAAACUUGCAACAGUUUCACCAUUUAAAAUUACAGUUUAUAUGACGCAUAUGUUUCAGUCACAUAUUUUGCAUCAGUUUGAAGGAAAGGGAUCGUGACUGCUUCAUUAAACGCUUGUAGAGAAUGACCAGUGCGUGGUCAGAUUUGAUGUACAAUGGAGUAUUUGUACCAUGAUUAUGAUGCCUUUUAAUAAAUGCUGUUUCAGGCCACAGUACAUACUGUGUACACAGAUGCAAUGCAUCACAGAUUGUUGAAAAGUGACUAUUGCGUAGUGUGAAAGCCAGUGACUUGUGCUUGGAACACAUUUGUAAGUGAAAAAUACAUUAAAAUCCCUGUCUAUGCAUCA